UCGCCUAUAUAUCCCUCCUCCGCCGCAUCACCAUUCUUCCAAACCAAGCUCCACCGCCGCUCAGCACACAGCAACCCAUCCCAGCUCAACACACAGCCUCUAGAUGGACGCCGCCUCCACGUCCACGUCCACGUCUGGCCAGGACCAGCAGCAAUCGCGCCACAGGACGGUAACCUCGGAGCCGCCGAAGCGCCCCGCGGGGCGGACCAAGUUCCGCGAGACGCGGCACCCGCUGUACCGCGGCGUGCGCCGCCGCGGCCGCGUCGGGCAGUGGGUGUGCGAGAUGCGCGUGCAGGGCGCCCGGGGCUCCAGGCUCUGGCUCGGCACCUUCGCCACCGCCGAGAUGGCGGCGCGCGCGCACGACGCCGCCGCGCUCGCGCUCUCGGGCCCCGACGCCUGCCUCAACUUCGCCGACUCCGCCUGGCGGAUGCUGCCGGUCGUCGCCGCGGGGUCCUUCGGCUUCGGCAGCGCGCGGGAGGUCAAGGCCGCCGUCGCGCUCGCCGUCGUCGCGUUCACGGUCCGGGCUACCCCUGUCGAGUCCGCGGCCGUCCUGGCCGCAGCCGAGAAGGUCGUCCUCCUCGGCUCGCCGGCGUCGGCCGCCGCCCUGUUCUACAUGUCGUCCGGCGACCUGCUGGAGCUCGACGACGAGCACUGGUUCGGGGGCAUGGUCGCCGGCCCGUACUACGAGAGCCUCGCGCAGGGCAUGCUCGUCGAGCCGCCGGACGCCGGAGCGUGGCGUGAGGACGGCGGGGUUGUGGAGACGCCGCUGUGGAGCUAGUUGCUCGAGUAAUCGAGGACUGUAAAAAUAUUAAGGAAGUAGUACUACUACCUGCAUAUUCUCUGUUUUCUCUUCUUCCCAAAUACAGGAAGAAACAGAGUAUGUCCGUGUUCUUCGAUCAUUGUCAAGAUCCG